AUGGACAUCGAUAAGUCCUGGAACAACUGGCUUCGGCGAGCAUCCCGGCCGUCUGCUCGCCUCCAAAAGGCUGUCUGUCCUCUGUGCAACCUAGAGCUGCAACCAGCCGCUGAGCUGGCAGUCUUCGAGAAGCAUGUCGCAACCGACCACGUGCAAUUACUCCAAGAAAAGGCCUCGGACGAGGAUAAAGCCGCUUGGAUCCAAUCUCUGUGGAAGGCUGCACAGCUAGCAGGCGAAAUCACAUCCGGAAAUGUGAGUCUAGAGGCCGGUCCGAGAACCGUGAGGGCGGCGCUGGCUCGUGAGGGCGGCCAGGUGUCUUCCGCCCGGCCGCUGCAGCGGAGGCAGGUGGCAGAUCCACCCCCAGGAGCUGGAGCUGCGCCAGCCACCGAGACACGCGUAUCGCAUCAGGAGCCUGAUGCAGACUCUGCGAAACGAAGCCCGGCUUCAAGCCUCAAGAGGGAGGGGUCUAGGAGCCGCUCUCCCCCAAGACGGCCAAAGGCAAGGCCCACGUCGACCCCCAAGGCGGACGAUGGUUUUGCAGACUUCAAGAGAGGACCUCCGCCCAAGGGCAGGCUGUGGUCCCCCGACGAUGACGCACAAACAACCCGGCCCCCGUCCUACGACAAGUCAAAUGUGGCCACUAACCACCGCCUCCGCGUUUCUUCUAUCCCCGGCCCUCGGUCUCAGCGCUCGACUCACCAAUCUCAGGCCUCGAGUCUCCGAACUCCGGCUAACGUCGAAGAGGACUCGACCGAGCUCAUAAAACAGCCAGAGACAAGACCCAUUUCGCAAGAGCAGCUGGUUGCCGAAGUCAAGGGAAUCUACGCAGGCCUCGUUUUGGUCGAGAGCAAAUGCAUCGAGGUUGACGCUCAGAAUGCUAAGCAUGAUCCUUCCACUAAGCUCAACAACGAGCAAUGGCAGGCUUUAAUAGCGCUUCACCGGACUCUGCUUCACGAGCAUCACGACUUUUUCCUCGCCUCGCAGCAUCCAUCAGCCAGUCCGGCGUUGAGGAGACUGGCAAGCAAGUACGCCAUGCCAGCCCGGAUGUGGAGACAUGGCAUUCAUAGCUUUCUCGAGCUUUUGAGACACCGACUUCCAGCUAGCCUGGAACAUAUGCUGAGUUUCAUUUACUUGGCGUAUUCCAUGAUGGCUCUGCUAUACGAAACGGUCCCGGCCUUUGAAGAUACGUGGAUUGAAUGCCUGGGAGAUUUGGGUAGGUACCGCAUGGCGAUCGAGGAUGAAGAUAUCCGAGACCGCGAAGUUUGGACCUCGGUGAGUAGGCACUGGUACUCCAAGGCCUCGGAUAAGGCCCCGACAACGGGACGGCUCUACCACCAUCUCGCCAUUCUCGCUCGCCCGAAUGCGCUGCAGCAGCUGUACUACUACACCAAAUCCCUGUGUGUGGCCGUGCCCUUCUCGUCGGCACGCGAAAGCAUCAUGACUCUGUUCGACCCCAUCAUGGCGCCAAAUUCAACCCAGCAGUCGAGACUGGGGCCAACUGAUCUUGCUUUCGUAAAGACUCAUGGUAUCAUGUUCAGCGGGAAGAUGCCAGAAAAACUCGAGUCUUCCAUGGACGAGUUCUUGAGUUCCCUGGACAGCACGAUUGCCCGGUCGACACGUUCAUGGCUUGAGCCUGCAUACCAUAUUGGGAUUUCAAACUGUGCUGCUAUCCUCGGAUACGGAAGUGACAGAAACCCCAUGUUCAGCGCCAUCAAGCAAAUCCGUUCUAGCGAGUCACACGACCAGCACAUGCUGGGAGGUUGGGCAGAAGAUUCUGCACCGCAAGAGCUCGCAGCUUCUCUUAAACUCGCCAACGGGACCCACGACGUUGUGCUGCGGAGAUUCGGUGACCCAAACAUCCUGCCGUAUCUUCACGUUAUACUUGUCUUCGUUCACUAUUUGACAUUUGCCCCAGCUGCCAUAUCAUAUUUGGCCCCCGGUUUUCCGUGGAAGCUGACAGCUCAUAUGCUCAACACGCUCCUUGAUUCAUACCAAACUUACUCUCGCAUCGAAGGGGAGACUUUCCCCCAAGCCGAGAAUGCGUCCAAACGGCCACUGCCCGAGGAUUACGCCAUGCGGGGUCUUCUCUGGGGAGACAAGUACUUCCCCGAUGAGUGGUUCUCGUCGCAGGAGAGGAUCGAUGACGAUGAGAAGUAUUUCGAGGUCCCCUCUAUGAGCGAGGACAGAAAGGAACGUGCUUUGUAUCUGGGCUGUCGGAUUGCCGCACAGGGCGGUAAGUGGCUCAGGUACAACUCGGAAACCCAUCAAUUCAGUGUCAGUCCGCAGUACGACAUUGAACUGGAUGCUAUCCCCUUCACACCUGCUGGAAGCGCCGACAGUGUGGAUUACGGCGAGCUUCCCGAUGCUUCAGGAACCGCUUGA